UCUAGCUUCGGGUUUUGUCAUUAAAAACUGAACUUUACAGACAGAAUAUGAAUAAAAAGGCAGCUUUUAUGAUCUCGUGCUUAUUUUGUUUUGUUUGUUGGAGAAUAUGCUGAUGCUUAAAAAAAGUACGUAAAGUUUUGCGUCGUCCUAAAACUGGUGGAGAAAUGAGCCAUCUCCUUUUUCGUCAUGGUAUGAGUAAAAAAUUGUCACUUGCCUUACAGACGGUUACCAAAACCAAGAGCCCAUUCAAGGGCCAGAAAUUCCUUGAUAUCAUAGCUCCAAAGCCAAAUGUAACCAAGAAUCACCAAAACUAUCUUAACCUCAUUGAGGACUUUCUUCAAACAGAUUCUGAACAAAAUUGUACAAAACACGCAUUGCAUAAAGAACUGUCUUUUCCAUAUUCAAUGGAAGAUUCAAUCUCAUUGCUUUUUAAGUUUCAUAAAGAAGGGUCUAAAAUUGGGGUGAGUUUAGUGUCAAAUGCUAUGGGUUUAUGUGCGUCGAAGAGAGAUUUUAGGGUAGGGAUUCAAGUUCAUUGCUUGGUGAUUGUAAAUGGGUUUUUGUCCAAUGUUUAUGUUGGUAGUUCUUUGAUCACCUUUUAUAGUAAUUUUGGAGGAGUGGUGGAUGCUUACCAAAUGUUUGACGAAAUGCCUGUGAGAAAUGUUGUGUCUUGGAGUGCUAUAAUAAAUGGUUUUGCACAAGAGAAUGAGGUUGAUAUGUGCUUGAAAUUGUAUAAGGGUAUGAUGGGCUUGACAUUGAAACCUAAUGAGUUCACGUUUACGAGCUUGCUGAGUUCGUGUAUGGGUAGUGGGUGUUUUGGUCAUGGCAGGAGUAUUCACUGCCAAAUAAUUCAUUUGGGUUUUGAUUCCUAUAUACACGUUUUGAAUGCCCUUUUAUCAAUGUAUUGUAAGUGCGGGGAAGUAAAGGAUGCUUUUCACAUUUUUGAAAAUAUGAAGAGAAAAGAUUUGGUAUCAUGGAACUCGAUGAUUUGUGGUUAUGGACAGCAAGGACAUGCAAUUCAAGCUAUUGAACUUUUUGAGGAAAUGAAGAAACAAAAAGUGAGACCUGAUUCCAUUACUUUCCUUGGGGUGUUAUCUUCUUGCCGCCAUGCAGGUUCUGUUAAAGAAGGCAUGUUUUACUUUAAUUCAAUGGUUGAUUACCAUGUGAAGCCAGAGCUGAAUCAUUAUUCAUGUAUUAUAGACCUUCUCGGACGAGCACGGUUACUAGAAGAGGCUCGGGAGUUUAUCAAGAAGAUGCCAAUCCAACCAAAUGGUGUCAUCUGGGGUUCAUUGCUUUUGUCAUGCAGGCUUCACGGGAAUUUUUGGUUGGGCAUCGAGGCUGCAGAAAAUAGGCUUGCGCUAGAACCAUGGUCCACCUCUACCCACUUGCAACUGUUAAAUUUAUACGCUAGUUUAGGAUACUGGGAUCAGGCAGCGAGAGUGCAGAAGCUGAUGAAAGACAAUGGACUUAAAAGGGAUCCUGGUUAUAGUUGGAUUGAGAUAAACAGUCAAGUUUUUCGCUUUACUGCUGAAGACAUAUCAAUGGGACAUAUUAAAUCAAUUGGUAGUUUGGUGGAUAUUUUGGUGGAUCACAUGAGAAGCUUUGGUGUAGAAGAAACUUAUUCCACUGAAUAGUAAUGUAGAGUAGAUGUGCAAUUUUGCUUUGAUAUGAGCUAAAGAUUCUUCUUGGCAUAUGUCUGGGAUAACAAUUUUGACUUGGGACAACAGCAUGAGUGCAAAGAGAUUGUUAAGAAAAUGGACCUUGAGCUUAAUUCAACUCUAAAAGCUAGCUCAUUAGGCGAAGAUUUCCGAAGACCAUAUAAGAGGACAACAGGUAAUUCCCUCAACCUAUAUGAGACAGUCUA